AUGUCAGACAUUUGCAAUUUCGUGUUAGUGUGGAGGUAUAGUAUCCGCGAUGGCGGUCAGCUGGAGUUUUGCACUACUACUAGUUCUCACAUUAGUCGCGCUUAUCACCUUCAGUCAACCUCUUUUCCAAUCCACACCAGCAUCUUCAGAGAGACAUACGAACGCAGAUUUGAAAAACGUUCCACAGGCUACGAUUGCGAGGGGAGUCCCACAGCGCAAUCCCCCUAACUCCAAGGCGAGUGAUGUCGAGUACUUCACCGACGGUGCAUGGAGCCUUACCAUGCUGCGGGGUGGAAGCCAAAGACAACGUCGGACGCGGAAAUUAAUCCAACGCGACGUCCUGUCCCCUUGCGGUGAGCAACAGAGACGCGUCGUCUGCAGAGCAAAAAGAAAAACUACCCUGAGUGCUGCCACUAGACCAAACCCCGACGCGGAUCGACCUCCACGAACUCGAGCAAGCGAUCAUCCUCCACCUGCCAAGUCCGGCAUUCCCCGAAGAUCGACGUCGGCGCACUUUGAAUCCGACCGCAUGGUUCCCACUGGCCCGAAUCCUUUGCACAACAGCAAUAGGUCUCAAGUCAUAUUCCCGUGA